AUGUCGGAUCAUAAAGACGCGGGAGAGCGGGACACACCGUCUCCUGGUCCUCGAAGGCAAAGGGCUCCUACCAUCACCAUUGACACUUCGGCUGUCAACCCGAACGACCCGAAUAUGGGAGAGUCUGUUCCCCUUGGAGAUUUAGAUGACAAUCGUCCAUCACAACAACAUGACGACAAUGCAGACCUGUCGCCGCAAACCAAAAACCCGCCUACCGAGCUGAGAGGAACCAAUUCCUUCGAUAGCAAGGAGAGCAGGCCAACAUCACCCCACAACGUCUCUUCCCCGAAGUCAACCAGCGGAAACCCACAAAACUUUCUAUCCGUCCCAGGAGCACGCUCUCGCGGUAACUCGCUCGAUUCAACAACAGAGAACGGCGAAUCAGCAUCGACUGGAACUUACCUCGCUUCCUCGCAAGGAGAUACUCUGCAUGGAGAGGUCGCGGCUCACGAUUUGAUCAAUGACAAGGAUGCGCUUACUCCAGAUCCCGGUACCGAGGCCGAUUUCCAAGUGGAGGAUAACAAAUUUGCCUUCUCGCCUGGGCAGCUCUCCAAACUUCUCAAUCCUAAAAACCUGGCGGCUUUCCAUGCCUUGGGCGGUUUGGAUGGCAUUGAGAAAGGAUUAAGAACGGACAGGAAGUCAGGCUUGAGCGUCGACGAAGACCGUUGGCACGACAGCAUCUCCUUCGAAGAAGCGACCACCCCCAACUCUGCACAGACACCUACAAAAGGCGCCGAUCUUGCACGAAAUGAUACACCUCCUCAUGCCGAGGGAGGAAAAGAUGGCUUCUCGGAUCGCAAGCGUGUUUUUAGCGACAACAGGCUGCCCGAACGAAAGCCAAAGAGCAUUCUCCAAUUGGCGUGGAUGGCUUACAACGACAAAGUGCUCCUUUUGCUUUCCGGCGCUGCGGCUAUCUCGCUCGCUCUAGGUUUAUACCAAACCUUUGGUGUUAAGCACAAGCCCGGUGAGCCAAAGGUGGAAUGGAUCGAAGGCGUGGCCAUUAUUGUGGCCAUCCUUGUAGUCGUCAUUGUCGGUGCACUUAAUGAUUGGGAGAAAGAGCGUCAGUUCGUUAGACUCAACAAGAAGAAGGAAGACCGCUUCGUAAAAUGUGUUCGGUCCGGAAAUAUUCGUGAGGUUUCAGUUCAUGACAUCCUUGUCGGAGACGUCGUCAACCUGGAACCCGGAGAUUUGGUCCCUGUGGACGGUAUCCUCAUUCAGGGCCACGGUAUCAAAUGCGACGAGUCCUCUGCUACAGGCGAAUCCGACCUUCUUAAGAAGACUAGCGGAGCUGAAGUGUUCCGUGCCAUCGAAAACCACGAACCCCUCAAGAAGAUGGAUCCUUUCAUCCUCUCUGGCGCCAAGGUCUCCGAAGGUGUUGGAUCUUUUAUGGUUACAGCAACUGGCAUUAACUCUACCUAUGGAAAGACGCUCAUGUCCCUCCGCGAGGACAGCGAGGUCACUCCGCUCCAGGCGAAGUUGAACAACUUGGCGGAAUAUAUUGCAAAGCUUGGUGGUGCAUCAGCCCUCUUGCUUUUCAUCGUUCUCUUCAUAGAAUUCUUAGUCCACCUCCGAACCAACGACGCCUCCCCCGCCGAGAAAGGACAGAACUUCUUGAACAUCUUGAUUGUGGCCAUCACGGUCGUAGUUGUUGCUGUUCCAGAAGGUUUGCCACUUGCUGUUACCCUCGCCUUGGCCUUUGCUACCAGACAAAUGCUUAAGGACAACAAUCUCGUCCGUUUGCUUCGAUCCUGCGAGACUAUGGGCAAUGCUACAGUCAUUUGCUCCGACAAAACAGGUACCCUAACGACGAAUAAGAUGACCGUCGUCUCAGGAACCCUUGGGACCGCCCUUAGGUUCGGCGACCGAAAGCUCAAGGCCCCAGUAGCACCUGUCCUCGAUGAUGGAACAAAGGGCAAACAGUCCGUGGAUUCACCUGUCGACCACCCGGAUGAUGUAUCCCCCGCUGAGUUCGUUUCCACACUCAGCAAAGAGGUCAAGGAGUUGCUUGAACAGUCUAUUGUUUUGAACACUACUGCUUUCGAAGGCGAUCAAAAUGGCCCUGACCCCUUUAUCGGUUCUAAGACUGAGACAGCCUUGCUCAGCUUUGCACGCGACCACCUUGGAAUGGGCCCUGUCAGCACUGAACGAGCGAAUGCUAACAUCACUCAAAUCAUACCCUUCGACUCUGCUAUCAAAUGCUCGGGAGUGGUUGUAAAGCUGAACGAUGGACGGUACCGACUCUACGUAAAGGGAGCAUCCGAGAUUCUCUUAUCUCACUGCGACAAGAUCAUCUCUGAUGCCACCAAAGAGAUUUCUGAUAUCCCGAUUUCCGACGACAACCGCGAUACCCUCGAACGUGUAAUCACCACAUACGCAUCUCGGUCACUCAGAACUAUCGGAAUCGUCUAUCGUGACUUUGAAAGCUGGCCUCCUCGGGAAUCCCGCAAGAACGAGGACGAUCCCACCAUGGCCGUGUUUGAGGACAUCUUUGACAAAAUGGUUUUCUUGGCUAUUGUUGGCAUUCAGGAUCCUCUUCGCGACGGUGUGCGCGAGGCUGUUCAGGACUGUCAAAUGGCUGGUGUCUUUGUCCGCAUGGUCACUGGUGAUAAUCCUCUUACAGCCAAGGCAAUUGCUGAAAGUUGCGGUAUCCUUGUCCCUGGCGGAGUUGUCAUGGAAGGACCUACAUUCAGAAAGCUCUCCAAGAAAGAUAUGGACGCUGUCAUUCCUAAGCUCUGCGUUCUUGCUCGCUCCAGCCCUGAAGAUAAACGUAAGCUGGUUAAGAGGCUCAAAGAACUCGGAGAAACUGUCGCUGUCACUGGAGAUGGUACCAACGAUGCUCCUGCUUUGAAGACGGCCGAUGUUGGUUUCUCCAUGGGUAUUGCUGGAACAGAAGUCGCAAAGGAGGCCUCCGCCAUCAUUUUGAUGGAUGACAACUUCUCAUCCAUCGUCAAGGCUUUGCUUUGGGGCCGUGCUGUCAACGAUGCCGUCAAGAAGUUCCUGCAGUUCCAGAUCACCGUCAACAUCACAGCUGUAUUGCUCACCUUUGUCUCGGCCGUUUCCAGUGGUUCACAGGAAUCAGUCCUUAACGCCGUCCAACUUCUCUGGGUCAAUCUUAUCAUGGAUACUUUCGCUGCGCUUGCGCUUGCUACUGACCCUCCUACGCGCACCUUGCUGGAGAGGAAGCCCGAUCCCAAAUCUGCACCGCUCAUCACACUACGCAUGUGGAAGAUGAUCAUCGGCCAAUCCAUCUACCAGCUUACUGUUACCUUCAUUCUGUACUUUGCUGGAGAGUCCAUACUCUCAUAUGAAUCUACUGAGGAGAAAGAACGCAUGCCGACCCUUGUGUUCAACACCUUUGUGUGGAUGCAAAUUUUCAACGCUCUCAACAACCGUCGCUUGGAUAAUCACUUCAAUGUUUUCGAAGGAAUCCAUCGCAAUGUCUUCUUCAUCAUCAUCAUGUUCAUCAUGAUCGGAGGCCAGACGAUGAUUGUUUUCGUCGGUGGUGCUGCUUUCGACGUCACACGUAUUAAUGGCGCUCAAUGGGCAUACUCAAUCGUCCUCGGUGCUCUCUCACUACCAGUUGGCAUGAUCAUUCGAUUGAUACCCGACGACUUGAUCCGCCGAUGCAUUCCCGCCUUCAUGAAGAGGAAGCGUACACCGGAGGUGGUUGUAUCGGACGAGUACCAGUGGAACCAAGGACUGCUCGAGAUCCGAGAAGAACUCGCCUUUAUCAAGAAGGUCCGCGGUGGACGACUCAGCCAUUUGAAGUUUGCCGUUCAGCAUCCAAAGGAGAUCUUCUCGAGAUCCAGGUCCAGUUACUCCCUACCAGGAACUCCUAACAAUGGUCCAUCUAAUGAUCAGGACGGUUCCCCCGCUCCUCCCACUCCCGAGUCGAGAGGUCGCCGUCGCGGCAGGUCUCGUUCCAACUCGGCAUUCGGGCCUGCCGCCGUCAUGGCCGGUAUUGUCGCCGGCAGUGUUGCCGGCUGGUCACCGAUCGAUCGCCAUGGUGGGGAGAACGAGUCUCUCAAGUUCGGUCGCACUAGGAGUAAAUCGGAUUUGGAGGCUCAGGAGGGCAUCGAAGUUCACCCUGACACGAAGCCAAAUGACCCUAUCCUAGCUCCUGGACCAUCGGAGUAUACCCAUAAUGGGCCACCAAGCCAGAACGUGGAAACCACACCGAAUUUCGGAGUUGGUCCUUUCGCGGGAGAUCCGAAGCUAGAUGAGGAUAAGAAGGCGCAAUCUCCAUGA